GGAAGCUCCAAGGGCUACCGCAUGGUGCGGGCCACUCGUGGGGUCGCCGAAGGCGAAUGGUUCUUCGAAAUUAAGAUUGCCCAUCUCGGGCCCACCGGGCAUUGUAGGCUCGGGUGGGCGACGGAGAACGGGGACCUUCAAGCGCCGGUUGGGUAUGAUGGGUUUAGCUAUGGGUAUAGGGAUCUGGAGGGGAGCAAGGUGCAUAGGGCACUUAGGGAGAGGUAUGGGGACGAGGGGUAUGGGGAGGGGGAUGUGAUUGGGUUUUAUAUAAGUCUGCCGGAUGGGGGGAAGUUUGUGCCAGAGAGGAGGCUGCAUUUUUUGGAUUGGUAUAAGGCGGGGAGGGGUUUGGGUUCCACGGAGAAGAAGGAAGAAGAGGGGCCGAAGGUUGUGCCCGGGAGUGAGAUAUCUUUCUUCAAGAAUGGAGUAUGUCAAGGUGUUGCGUACAAAGACAUCUCCGGUGGAAGGUACUAUCCAGCAGCGUCAAUGUACACAAUGCCCAAUCAACCUAAUUGCGAAGUGAGAUUCAAUUUUGGUCCAAAUUUUGAGUUUUUUCCACAAGAUUUCGGAGGCCGUCCAAUUCCUAGACCCAUGAGUGAGGUUCCUUAUCACGACUUCGAUGUCAAGGUCGAAGCCCCAAAAGAAAAUGGCUUCCAUAACUAACAAAAGCUUUUGUUCCCUUUAGUUCUUUCCUAAAGAAGACUUUUUGUUUUUUGAUUAGGUAUGUAACUUAAUUUUGUUUUUUAUGUGAUGAUAAUUCUUGAGAGCAAGUUAGUACUGCUGAUGAUGUGGUAUUGUUCGUAAAUUAGGUAGUGUUGUUGUUGAAAUUAUGUUGCCUGCCUCGAGGAUGCUAGUGAUAUCAAGCUAUUAUUAGUGAAGAAA